CUCAGACCGGAAGCGGCUGCGGGCGCUUCCUGCGCUCCCCGGGCCGUGGGGUUGCCUAGCGAUGUCCUGGGUCCCAGCAGCUCCCGGGGUCCGGGGCGGCGGAGAGGAGGGGGAAGUGUUCGACGAGGAAGCGGACGAGUCGCUCCUGGCGCAGCGGGAAUGGCGGAGCCAGAUGCAGAGACGAGUGAAAGAAGGCUAUAGAGAUGGACUACAGGCUGGCAAAGCAGUUGCCCUUCAACAAGGCUUCAAUCAAGGUUAUAAAGAAGGUGCAGAAGUCAUUAUAAACUAUGGACAACUCAGAGGAACGCUGAGUGCUUUGCUCUCCUGGUGUCACCUUCAUGAUAACAGUUCGGCUUUGAUCAGUAAAAUAAAUAACCUUCUGGAUGCAGUUGGCCAUUGUGAAGAGUAUGUGCUCAAACAUCUGAAAUCAAUCACCCCACAGCCACAUGUUGUAGAUUUAUUGGACUCCAUUCAGGACAUGGACCUUUGUCAUGUAUCUCCAGCUGAGAAAAAUAUUUGUGAAGCUGAAGAUGAAAGACUCUGUGAAAAUAAUGCUGAGUUUAACAAAAGCUGUAGCAAUAGUCUUAGUGGGGUAGAUUGUUCAUCUUUAGAAUGUUGUGGAACACAGGAGCAUACACAUUCUGAAAACCCAAGCCUCACUUGGAUUUUAGAACAGACAGCUAGUUUGGUAAAACAGCUGGGAGUAUCAGUAGACAUAUUACAGCACCUCAAACAACUAUGAAAAUUAUCUUCACUUUUCUGGUGAAAAUAAUGUUCAGAACAUUCCUUGGAGCAUUUUGUUUCUUAACAAGUUUACCAAAAUUUGUACUGGUUUCUACAUUGAACCCUUCACUAGCCUUUGUGGAAGUUUGAAACAUCUUCAGAGUUAACACUAUUAAAUGUAAUAUAAGCUCUU